CAGCAGCUGAAGGGUGAGCAUCAGCCAGAGACAGUAGCAGCACGAAGAUAAAGAAUAUCAUACUCUACAGCACAAUGAACAGCAGAGUUAUGCUCUCCAUCCUUGCCCUCUCUUUGCUGUUUGCAGCUUCUAUACAAGGAGCAUCAAUUGGAAACACAGGAAUGAACCUGCGCUGUCAGUGUAUCAAAACAUCUUCAACAUUCAUCCAUCCAAAGUUCAUGGAGAACAUUGAAAUUAUUCCAAAAGGUCCCCACUGUGAAACUGUAAACAUCAUUGCCACCCUCAGAAGUGGCAAUCGAGUCUGUCUGAACCCUGAAGCAGACUGGGUGAAGAAAAUUAUUAACAGGAUGAUUAAUGUUUCCAAGAAGAAACCUGAAGUUCAAUGAGAAGUUUGAAUGUCAAGUUAAACCUCAAUAAGACGUUUGAAUGUCAAGAUGUACAUGGGACUCUACACUUAGCUUAGGCUUUCAGCUCUUCUGCUGUUGUUUUGCCUGCUGUCAACUCUUCCAGCCAAUGGUGUUACAGAUACAUCUACUAAAUCUAUUUCGUUAUAAAUGUUUUUGCUUUAUUUUUUAAGUUUUUUUUUAAAAAUUAAGUUAUAAUUAAAUUAUAUUGUGUGCAUUGAUGAUAAAAAUAAUUGACAGUGGUUCAGAGACUGAACAUAAAAUAAUCAAAGGGUUGGAUCUGUGAUCCUCAUUCUUGGAUUAAGUAGUUUGAAUUAUUAAAUCAGAUUACUACAUUCUUGUGGUUAUUUUAACGUUAAAGUAUUUGUCAUUAUAAUACAGUUAUAACAGUUAUAAUACAGUUAUAACAGACUGAAACUCUGUGAGAUUUCUCUUGGUUUAAUUGGCAGGAAACUGGCAGCAUUGCCAAAACAUGCCUUACUAUAUUAACUCUUAACUGGUGUCUCACCAGAGAAUGCACAAAGUUUCAGAACCUAAUGUGUGUAUUUAUUGUUUGAUUAUCUUGAUUAUGAUCCCUGUAAUUAUUAAAUACUUAUGUUAUUGUUUUCUAUUUAUGUAUUUACCAUAUGUGGUCAGCAUGGACUGGUUGGGCCGAAGGGCCUGUAUCCAUGCUGUAUUGCUCUAUGACUCUAUGACUAUUAUUGAAAAAUGCUCUGCAUUGACAAAACUGAAUAAUUUACAUGGAAAACAAACUGUAUAGUUUUUUUGAACUAAUUUAAAUUGUAUGGCAUAUUGCUACAAACUAUUUUUAUCUUUAUGUAGACUGUUUACAUAAUAGUAUAACUGUUAGAACCACGCAGUACAAAGGAGUUUGGCUAUCCCAUCUGGCCUCUGCCUGAGCUUAAAAGAGCUUUUAAAUUAGUUCCACACUCCUGUUUUUUCUACUUUUAUGAUAAAACAUCAUGUUGUUGUAAUUUUCUGCUUAAAAUGUUAAUCCAGUUCAAAAGAGCAUUAAACCGAAGUUUAAAAAAAUA